ACCUGGAAUAAUUCUCUGCAAAGGACCCUCGUUAAGAGUUAAUAGCAAGAGUGCCCGCAUAAAACGCCUGAAUAAAGGACGUGCGGCAUGUACCUCUGCACCUCUACACUAGAGUUGCACAUAUGUGGAGAAAAAAAGAAAACUUCUCGCACAGUUAGUCACUGUUGGUGCACAAACUUCCGGAGACAAAGAAGAAACAUAACAGCGGGUAUCGGCAAGAUCUUUUCUCUUGAGGAGGAAGUGAUGGCAGAUUCAGGAGAGGUUGCACAGCCAGAAGGUACUGAUCAAAUGACGCCAUUGAAUGAGAGUCAGGUACCAAAUUCAGAAGGUGGCUAUGUUUGGCAGGUUUCAGACAUGACCCGCAUGCGCCGUUUUUUAUGCUUUGGUUCUGAAGGUGGGACUUACUAUAUUGGUGAAAAACGCCUAGGGUAUGAGAAUGCUACAACUUUAUUAAGGUUGCUAGAAGAAGGAAAAGGCUGUGAUGUGGUGGAAGAAAUAAAAAUAUUCAGUGUCGAAGGACGAGCUGCAAAGCAGGAUCCAAUACUGUUUGCUCUUGCUGUCUGUUCACAGUGUAAAGAUGCUAAAACAAAGCAGGCUGCAUUUAAAGCCAUGCCUCUGAUCUGCCGCAUCCCUACCCACCUCUUUACAUUUAUCCAGCUCAAGAAGGAUUUGAAGGAAGGGAUGAGUUGUGGAAUGUGGGGUCGAGCCCUGAGGAAAGCUGUGGCAGACUGGUAUAAUUUAAAGGAUGGCAUGGCUUUGGCUUUGGCGGUUACCAAAUACAAACGGAGAAGUGGCUGGGCACACAAGGACUUGAUGAGGCUCUGUCAUUUGAAGCCUGCUAAUGAAGGUAAAAAACUCACAUGUGGAGAUAUACACUCCAACCCAGGACCAAAUUCUUCAGUCCAUACAGACCUUAACCAACCAAACAGUCUAUAUAGCAGGCCAACCUCCUCCCUUUUUCUCUUAAACAUUAAUGUAACAAGCAUACUGAACAAAGUUCAAGAGCUCCAUGCCCUACUGGCUCUAUAUAAACCAGAUUUAGCCAUACUAACAGAAACCUGGCUUAGACCAGAACAUCAUGAUAAUGAAAUUACACCUCCUGGCUACAAUAUUAUACGUAAAGACAGGCAAAGAAAAAAAGGAGGAGGUGUAGCUAUUCUGUAUCAAAAUAAUCUCACACUGGAACAGUUUAACUACAGCUCUCAAGACAUUAACGAUAUAGAACUAAUUCUUGCUAAAUUAAAACUAAACACUAGCAAACGCAUAGUAAUAGCAGGUGCCUACAUCCCACCAGGUAUGGAAAGCACUGCUAAAAACAUGCCCAUUAUGGCAAUGCUGAGAAAUUUGGGGAAGAUGACUCAAGAAGCGUUACUUAAACCAGGAAGUGAUGAAGUUCAACUGGUGUGUGAACGACUGAAAAAUAAAAAAUUGUUGAAGCAAGCUCGAAUUCAUCCAUUCCAUGUGUUAAUUGCAUUAGAAACGUACAGAACAGGUCAUGGAUUGAAAGGUAAACUGCGAUGGAACCCUGACCGUGAUAUAGUGGCAGCCCUGGAUUAUGCAUUCUACAAUACAUUUGAGAAUGUGGAACCCACAGGAAAACGCUUUUUAUUGGCUGUUGAUGUCAGCGGAUCAAUGUCGCAGACUGUUUUAGGCAGCCAGCUGAGCGCUAGUACCGUUGCUGCUGCAAUGACUAUGGUUGUUUUGCGUACUGAGCAACAUUCUACCGUAGUGGCAUUUUCUAAUAAAAUGGUUCCAUGCCCAGUCACUGCUAAUAUGAAACUUCAGGAAGUACUGAGAACAAUGCAAAUGAUUCCUAUGGGAGGGACUGACUGCGCUCUCCCCAUGCAAUGGGCUCAAAAAACAAAGACACCUGCUGAUGUUUUCAUCGUGUUUACUGACAAUGAAACCUAUGCUGGAAAAAUCCAUCCCGCAGUAGCCCUGAGGAAGUACAGAACGCGUAUGAAUAUACCAGCUAAACUGAUUGUAUGUGGAAUGACGUCCAAUGGCUUCACCAUUGCAGACCCCAAGGACAGUGGCAUGUUGGAUAUCUGUGGUUUUGAUACAGGAGCACUAGAAGUUAUAAGAAGUUUUACUCUUGGUUUAAUUUAAAAGGACCAUUAAACCAGUAGUACUGUACUAUGCAUACUUCUAACAAAUUUGACUUCAGGCAGAAUGCUUGAAGGCCCCAGCUUUCAUAUAUAUUGGUUGCAUUUUGCACUAAGAUUGAGUUUUUCAUUGGGCAGUCCCAGAUGAAUUUUACUGAUCUAGAAAUGUAUAUAUUUUUAAAAGCUCCAAGUGCUAAAUACUGUUUCUAUAAUGAUUUCUUGCUAUGUUGUUCAAAACAGAAAUUAGUUUUAUAAUUAACUAUUCAUUAAUAAUUGUAAUAAGUAUAGUCAUUUGUUCGAGUAGUCUUUUCUGGACAAUAUUUAAUCAUGAAAUCUGGGAACUGUAGGCUUUUAAAUUCCAAAAUUUGAUUUUUAUAGAUUUUUAUGAUCUACUAUGUUUUGUGCAUAUGCUGUGUAUUUUCUGACAUAAUCAUACCUCUCUCAACUGUACAGAUUUUCACAGAAUGCCCAGAUUUUUG